AAGAUACACAUCUUUUUUCAUAAUCCUUGUCAUACACAGCUUAGAAACAGAACAUAAUCAACCGUUUGUUUCGGUUAAUCCUCCAAAAAGAUUUAAUAAUAAAAAUGACAACGCACCAAACCAACGAGUGAUUAAAGAGACUUUAAGCUGUCUACACCCCACGUUCUCUGUGGCAUGUUUUUGCCUAUUUAACCAAAUCUUUAAGGUUCCUUUCUUCUUCUUUAUCAAUCGGUCAUUUUUUUUUCUUUAUUUCUGGUGAGAUAUUACGAAACCAAGAAAAAAAGAUUCCUUCGCCGGAAUAAAUCACCGGAGAUAAAGAAAAAGAAUGGCGUCCCUGAAGUUUCCUUUGGAGAUUCUCGCCGUCUUGGUCGUCAUCUCCGUGAUUCUUUUGCCGAUUGCUCAUGCUCAAUCGUCUUCGCCAGCUCCAGCACCAACCAGCGACGGAACAUCGAUAGAUCAGGGGAUAGCGUAUGUUCUAAUGAUGGUGGCUUUGGCGUUGACUUAUUUCAUUCAUUAAAAUGUGAUUGAUCCGAUCUACUUUGUGUGUUGUUAUCAUCCACAACUCCACAAUGGUUUUGUUCUUUUUUUGGUUUUGUGACGUGAGAUUUGUAGAAAAAAUGAAAUUAGGUUAAUGGUCCUCCUCAUGCGUUGUUCUGUUUUUUGUUUGUUGGUUUUAUGCCGUGUAAUUUUAUUUGUUCUUGUUCAAUGCUAAGCGUAAUUAUAAUAACUAACGUUCAAAGAAGAAGAAAACAAAACUUUUAUUUA